UAUUCGUCAUUUCCUGCGCCCCCAAAGGCUCUUUUCAGAGCCACACAACUUGCUCAAAGAGCGUCCAUAUCUCUUAAUUCAUACAUCUGGAGCUUCGUUGAAUGUGAUUUGUGAUUAAAAUAUGUGUCUACUUGUAGUAAUAUAUUUCCAAAGCUCAUCACUGGCAGUGCAUUUAAUCGUUUUCUUGCUGUACAGAGCUUACACCCCUCUUACCUACUUCUAUCAAGACCUGACCUGACUACUCCUUUGAAUGUGAACGAUUAUGCUCAAAAAUCAUAUUCACUAGAAAACUGAAUUGAGCAUUAUGUUGCUACCCAAGAAGACAGAAGGCCAAGACCAGGUAGAGCUGUCUGACACUUUCUACAUUUUGUACUUUAUACACAUUUCAGUUAAUGUAGCACAGAUGGCGUUUAUUUAACUGCAUUUGUUGUAUAGUGUUCGGACAACUUCAAUAGCACCACAGUGAGACAAAUCACCUUCAGGUACAAUUGUAGUAUACGUAAACGUGUUCAUUUCUUAAUUAACUUCCAUGUUUAUGUAAUCAACUUUAUUUGAAAAACAAAAUCGUCGAGUGAAGCGCGACAAAAUUCUUUCAGGGAUCAAGAAGUGACGAGUGAAGCUCCUCCCCGCAAGAUUGCAUCCGCUGUUCUCUUUCAGGUCCGCAGUGUUGUAAUAAGAGUACCUGCCCUCGGCAGAUUCGUUACACGUCACAGUUGAAUCUUGUAGAGAACAUGUCUGGAAGAGGUAAGGGAGGUAAAGGUCUCGGAAAAGGAGGCGCCAAGCGUCACCGUAAGGUUCUUCGCGACAACAUCCAGGGCAUCACCAAGCCUGCAAUUCGUCGUUUGGCACGCCGCGGAGGGGUCAAGCGUAUCUCCGGCCUCAUCUACGAGGAAACCCGUGGCGUACUCAAGGUCUUCUUGGAGAACGUCAUCCGUGACGCUGUCACCUAUACCGAGCACGCCAAAAGAAAGACCGUAACCGCGAUGGACGUGGUUUACGCGCUCAAAAGACAAGGACGUACUCUUUAUGGAUUCGGCGGUUAGACUCAUCCUUCGACCAGUCCACCAAACAAUCAAAGGUCCUUUUAAGGACCACU